AUUUUUAGGGUGCAUGACGUUUAUACAAAUCGAGUCUUGCUCGUGUUGAAAUCUAUGCAAGAUGUUGCACUUCAUGCUUUGCCAGAUGACGAACCGUGGACUGUGGAACAAUUUUUAGAGAAAACUGAUGAAACAUGCAGAUCAGCUGCAGUAGAAUUAAAUCGUAAAAGUAUUCUAGUAGAAGAAGCCAUAGAAGAAGUGCUCGAGCUAGUAAAAAAAGCAGCCAAAGAUUUUAGGGGUGCCGAUACUGAGGAUUUAGCUUUCUUAACACAGGAAGGUGAAUAAUCAUGAUCAGGUGCUCAGCCUCAAGAUUGGAGUGCUAUUUGGGCAUGCUUUGAAGAACCAUAUGGCCUUCUUGCCCCGGGUGCGGGACUCAAUAAAGGAAUGCAGGAAAUGGUUCGCAAUGCUGUCGGUGAAAUGCGCCGGUAUUACAGUAGAAAAGUGGUUGAUGCAUUAAUUAAAGUUACCAGACAAAGCUUGGAUGCUAUUAGGAAGAGAUUUACUGAAGAACAAGAUCCUGGUCAACCCCAAAAGCCGGUAUUUUUACUUCAAGCUCAUUUAGUAAUUCCGACAGUCCAAAUCAGGCCAAAUGUUGACCAAGUACAAGAAGCUUUAAAUACGGCAGGAAAAACUAUCACAGCUGCAAGCAAAGGUGUCGGGCAAUGGAUGGGAGGAAAAACUGUACAGGUAGCAUUUAAAAAAGUGACGUGGAAACGCGUCAUAGGCAAACGCACACAGGCUCUUCUGCAGGAUCAAUCAGCCGGUCUGGAUAGGCGCAGCGCCCUUUCCAUAUCGAAAAGAAAUCUGUACUCCAAUGAAACACCACAAGAGGCUAGGGAAAGAAGAAGAAGAAUGUAUAGACCAGUCUCUGAGGAAAAACCUGCAUUUCCAGCACAAAACAAAAAUUUUCAUGCUCAUGUCAUGGAGAAUAAGGAAGUUGUAAAAGCUCUAGGACUUUUGGCUACUUGCACGCAGAAUGUUAAACAGGAAGUUACUACUUUUAUUAGACAAUGGAAGCCUUAUCAAUUUCUGUGGCGUAAUGAGCGGUCAACUAGGGAGCUUCUGGCUUUGGGUUUGGAAGAAUUUGAAACCACUUUGCGAAAAUUGGGCGAACUAGAUAGAAAAUUAGCAGGAGAACCUGAUAUAAAAACAUUUGCAAAUUGUCUCGCCAUAGAUGCUGAAAAAUUGAAAUUUGGAUUAUUGACAGAAAUUAAAUCUUGCACACAUAGCAUCGGUCAGGCAAUGAAGAAAAAAUAUAGACGUGAGAUGGAUUAUAUUUACGCAGUCAUUAAGGAAAUGGAAAGAAAAUUGAAUCGUCGAAUUAGAGACUUGGAUGAUGUGAGAACAAUCAUGGAAACUUUACGUAAGAUACGAGAUCAAGAAGUUGACAUGGAACUAAAGAUUGAUCCUAUAGAGGAAGCUUUCAAUAUACUCACAAGAUAUGGAGUACCGGCUGAGAGAGAGCAUUUGGAACUAGUCGAUGGUCUCAGGGAUACUUGGCAGAGACUCCAAUCACGUGCUCUGGAUACACAUGUUAAACUCUUAGAAGCACAACCCAAAUUUGAAGCUGAUUUGGCGUCUAACUUAGAAGUAUUUAGAUCCGACAAUGCAAUGUAUGUGCAUGAGUACAGAAAUGCUGGACCCAUGCAACCAGGAUUGAGCCCACGAGAAGCUUCAGACAGGCUUUUGCUAUUCCAGAAUCGGUUUGAUGGAAUGUGGCGUAAAUUGCAAACAUAUCAAAGUGGAGAAGAACUAUUUGGUUUACCUACAACAGAUUAUCCUGAAUUGGCUCAGAUAAGAAAGGAAUUGAAUUUGCUUCAAAAAUUGUAUAAAUUGUACAACGAUGUUAUUGAUCGUGUUAGUAGUUACUACGAUAUUCCUUGGGGAGAAGUGGAUAUUGAAGAAAUCAACAACGAGCUGAUGGAGUUCCAGAACAGAUGCCGAAAGUUGCCAAAAGCUUUGAAAGAAUGGCCUGCAUUCUUUGCACUUAAGAAAACAAUUGAUGAUUUCAAUGAUAUGUGCCCAUUAUUAGAAUUAAUGGCCAAUAAAGCAAUGAAACCGAGACAUUGGCAAAGAAUUGUGGAGGUUACAAAAUAUAACUUUGAACUAGAAAGUGAGGGAUUCUGUUUGAAGAAUAUUUUAGAAGCACCGUUAUUAAAAUACAAGGAAGAUAUAGAGGAUAUCUGUAUAUCAGCAAUGAAAGAGAAAGAUAUUGAAGCAAAACUGCGUCAAGUAACAGGCGAAUGGUCUGUACAUGAAUUAACCUUCAUGACAUUUAAUAAUCGUGGCGAAUUAUUAUUGCGAGGCGACACAACUGCUGAAACCAUAGGACAACUAGAGGACAGUUUGAUGAUCUUAGGAUCAUUGUUGUCUAAUAGGUAUAAUGCGCCAUUUAGAAAGCAGAUACAACAAUGGGUACAUGAUCUUGGAGGAACAAAUGAAAUUUUAGAACGCUGGCUUUUGGUUCAAAACAGCUGGGUUUAUUUGGAGGCUGUAUUUGUUGGGGGCGAUAUUGCUAAACAGCUACCCAAAGAAGCUAAGAGAUUCUCAAAAAUCGAUAAAUCUUGGCAAAAAAUUAUGCAACGGGCUCAUGAAACUCCAGGCGUUGUUUCAUGUUGUGUGGGUGAUGAUUUGCUGAAGCAACUUUUGCCUCAUUUACAAGAACAACUCGAGCUAUGUCAGAAAUCUUUGAGUGGCUAUCUAGAAAAGAAAAGAACAAUGUUCCCGAGAUUCUUCUUUGUAUCUGAUCCAGCGCUGCUUGAAGUAUUAGGUCAAGCAUCUGAUUCGCACACUAUACAAAAUCAUUUGCUGUCGAUAUUCGAUAAUACAAGAUAUGUAAAAUUUCAUGAUGUUGAAUACAAUAAAAUGACUGCAAUCAUAUCAUCAGAGGGUGAAACUAUACAACUGGAACGAGCAGUACGAGCAGAAGGUUCUGUCGAAACAUGGCUUACUUCUCUUUUGCAAACUUCUCAAUCCAGUUUGCAUGGAAUUAUAAGAAAUGCUUCCGGGAUGCUCAAUGAUCCGAACAUAAAUUUAUUGGCGUUUCUAGAUAAAAUGCCAGCUCAAGUGGGCUUAUUAGGAAUUCAAAUGAUUUGGACUCGUGAUGGUGAAGCAGCACUUAUGCAAGCUAGGCAUGACAAAAAAAUUAUGGCCGAGACUAAUAACAAAUUUUUGGAGUUAUUGAAUACUUUAAUUGAUCAAACUACUAGAGAUUUGACUAAAAUCGAAAGGAUUAAAUUCGAGACACUGAUUACUAUACAUGUUCAUCAACGUGAUAUCUUUGAUAUUUUGUGUCGUAUGAACGUGCGAUCAGCAAAUGAUUUCGAAUGGCUCAAACAAUGUCGCUUCUACUUCAAAGAUGAUCUUGAUAAAACUUGGAUUGCUAUCACAGAUGUCACGUUCUCUUAUCAAAAUGAAUAUUUGGGGUGCACAGACAGACUGGUAAUCACACCUCUUACAGACAGAUGUUAUAUAACCUUGGCGCAGGCACUAUCGAUGAGUAUGGGGGGUGCUCCUUGCGGUCCUGCAGGUACUGGCAAAACCGAAACUGUUAAAGACAUGGGUAAAACUCUUGCAAAAUAUGUUGUCGUCUUCAAUUGUUCAGACCAGAUGGAUUACAGAGGUUUGGGACGUAUAUACAAAGGAUUAGCUCAGUCCGGAUCAUGGGGUUGCUUUGAUGAAUUCAACAGAAUAGAACUUCCUGUACUGUCUGUUGCUGCGCAACAAGUUGCGGUUGUAUUGGCUGCUAAAAAAGAAAAGAAGAAAAACUUCAUAUUCACAGAUGGUGAUACUAUAGACAUGUGCCCAGAAUUUGGAAUAUUCAUUACAAUGAAUCCCGGUUAUGCUGGUAGAAAAGAAUUACCAGAGAACUUGAAAAUACAGUUUCGAACGGUUGCGAUGAUGGUGCCAGACAGACAGAUUAUUAUUCGCGUGAAACUAGCAAGUUGUGGUUUCCUAGAAAAUAUAACUUUAGCAAGGAAGUUUUAUACGCUGUACAAACUUUGCGAAGAACAACUCACCAAACAGGUACAUUACGAUUUCGGUCUACGUAAUAUUCUUUCCGUCUUGCGAACUUUGGGUGCUGCAAAACGUGUCAACAAUCGCGAUUCCGAAAGCAUGAUUGUGAUGAGAGUUCUAAGAGAUAUGAAUUUAUCAAAACUAAUUGACGAAGAUGAGCCUUUGUUCAUAUCUUUAGUCUCUGAUCUUUUCCCUAAUCAAGCAUUAGAAAAAACUUCUUAUCCCGAAUUGGAAGCCGCUAUUCAGCAACAAGUCGAUGAAGCUAAACUGGUAUACCAUCCACCCUGGGUACUAAAAUUGAUACAGUUAUAUGAAACUCAACGUGUGCGUCAUGGUAUAAUGACAUUAGGACCAUCUGGUGCAGGAAAAACAUGCUGUAUUCAAAUGCUGAUGCGAGCCUUGUCUCAAUGCGAAGACGUUCAUCGUGAAAUGCGUAUGAAUCCUAAAGCAAUAACAGCUGCUCAGAUGUUUGGUAGAUUGGAUGUGGCCACUAAUGAUUGGACGGAUGGAAUAUUCUCUGCCUUAUGGCGAAAAACUUUAAAGGCACCCAGUGACGAAAGAAUUUGGUUGGUUUUGGAUGGUCCAGUUGAUAGCAUAUGGAUAGAAAAUCUAAACUCUGUCUUAGAUGACAAUAAAACUCUUACUCUUGCGAAUGGCGAUCGUUUAACAAUGUCGCCGACAUGCAAAAUCAUUUUCGAACCUCACAAUAUCGACAAUGCAUCACCAGCUACCGUAAGUAGAAAUGGAAUGGUUUACAUGAGUUCUUCAGGAUUGGACUGGAGACCCAUUGUAUCAUCGUGGUUGAAGUUCCGUACUGCACAAGAAACGACGGUUUUCCAAGAAUUAUUUGAAUGUUCUUUUCAAACAGUGUAUUCAUGGUGUACGCAAACUCUUAAAGCAGUUAUGCAACUCUUACAAUGUAAUGUGGUUAAACAAAUGUUGGAUUUGUUACAAGGACUUGUUCCUCAACAAGUACAAGAAGAAACUAGCGCCGCUAAGAGUGUGUCUGGUGAUAUAGAUCAAGAUGACGAACUAACAGAUGGUGACAAAGCAGUGCAAAUUCAAGCACCUAUUUUAUCUGUAGAACACUUAAAUAAAAUUUAUGUUUUUGCACUGACAUGGGGUAUAGGAGCGCCUUUAGAAAAUAAUGAUAGACGAAAACUAGAUCUUUAUUUAAGAGAAAAUUUUGCUGAUAAUCUAGAUCUACCAAAACCAACAAAGAAAGAACCAAAAGCGACUAUUUUUGAUUUUGUUGUGAGUUCUAAUGGCACGUGGGAACCUUGGACAAGUUUAGUAACUAAUUAUGUGUAUCCUGAUAUCAGCACACCAGAUUUCUUAAGUAUCAUGGUACCUAUUCCUGAUAACGUACGAAUAGACUAUUUGAUUGAUACUAUUGUGAAACAAGAAAAAGCUGUGUUGCUUAUCGGUGAGCAAGGUUCGGCUAAAACAGUGAUGAUGAAAGCUUAUAUGAAAAAAGCCAAUCCAGAUCAGUAUCUUGGCCGUUCUUUUAACUUUUCUUCUGCAACAAGUCCAUAUCAGUUUCAAAAAACAAUUGAAAGUUAUGUAGAUAAGCGCAGUGGUAGCACUUUUGGGCCGGCAGGCGGUAAAAAAAUGAUUGUUUUUGUGGAUGACAUCAAUUUGCCGCAAAUCAACGAAUGGGGAGAUCAAAUUACUAAUGAAAUAGUAAGGCAAGUUAUGGAUAUGAAAGGCUUUUAUAGCCUUGAAAAACCUGGAGAAUUUACAACUAUUGUAGAUGUAUUGUUUGUCGCAGCUAUGGGACAACCAGGCGGAGGACGAAAUGAUAUACCGUCAAGAUUAAAGAGACAAUUUUCUGUGUUUAAUUGUACUAUACCUGAUGACGCAGCUAUUGAUAAAAUAUUCCGUGUCAUGGGCGAAGGGCAUUACAACAGCAAACGUGGUUUUCCUCUAGAAGUUAGAAACCUUGUGAAGAAAAUAAUUCCUCUGACCAGAGUUUUAUGGCAAAGAACGCGUGCCAAGCUAUUACCAACUCCAGCUAAAUUUCAUUAUGUAUUUUCGUUACGAGAUCUUUCAAGAAUUUGGCAAGGACUUGUGGGUACAUUAUCAACAGUUGUCGAUAGCGAAUCAGUUCUUCUUGUAUUGUGGAAACAUGAAUGCAGCAGAGUAUUUUCCGAUCGUUUUACAUCUUUUGCGGAUAAAGAAUGGUUCGAUGAAGAACUUAUGAACGUCGUCGUUGAAAUGUUAGGGCCACAAUACAAGGCUAAGACAGAAGCCAAUCCUGCAUUCGUAGAUUUUAUGAGGGAUGCUCCUGAGCCUACCGGAGAAGAAGGUGAAGAUGCUGAUAUGGAAUUACCUAAAGUUUAUGAACCCGUAUAUGAUUUGUCUGUUUUACGUGAAAGAUUGGAUAUGUUCUUAUCACAGUUUAAUGAAAUGGUGCGCGGAUCUGGAAUGGACUUGGUAUUUUUUCCAGAUGCUAUGCUUCAUUUAGUUAAGGUUUCUAGAGUUAUACGUCAUCCACGAGGCAAUGUGAUGUUAGUUGGUGUCGGAGGAUCAGGCAAGCAAAGUUUAACUAAGUUAUCGUCUUUUAUCGCAGGUUACAAAACAUUCCAAAUUGCGUUAACUCGCUCUUACAAUGUGGGUAAUUUCUUAGAAGAUUUGAAACUUUUAUAUCGAUCAUGCGGAGUUCAAGGAAAAGGAACAACAUUUAUUUUUACGGAUAUGGAUAUUAAAGAAGAAGGAUUUCUAGAAUAUUUGAACAAUAUAUUAUCAUCUGGAGUCAUAUCUAAUCUGUUUACAAAAGAUGAACAGUUAGAAAUUAUAUCGGAAUUGACACCGAUCAUGAAACGGGAAAAUCCCAAACGAACUUUGAAUAAUGAACUAGUGAUGGAUUAUUUUUUGAACAGAACUUGCCAGUAUUUGCAUGUGGUAUUCUGCUUCUCGCCUGUGGGCGAAUCGUUCCGAAGCCGGGCGAUGCGUUUCCCAGCAUUGGUAUCGGGUUGUACAGUCGAUUGGUUCCAACCGUGGCCGCGAGAUGCCCUAGUUUUAGUUGCGCAGCAUUUCUUGCAUGAGUUCGAAAUAGCUUGCACACCUGAAACAAAACAAGAACUGGUCUCUGCACUCGGUUCAAUACAGGACGCCGUUGCCGAAACUUCAACUAUUUACUUCCAAAGAUUCAGGAGAGCUACACAUGUUACACCAAAAUCUUAUUUAAAUUUUAUUGGCGGAUACAAAAAUAUAUAUCAGCAAAAGCAGACAGAAUUAGGUGAAGGUGCUCUCCGAAUGGAUACCGGUCUUGAAAAACUCGCUGAGGCUUCUUGUUCCGUUGAAUCUUUGAAGCGCGACUUGGCAGUUAUGGAAAAAGAUUUAGCUGAAGCAUCACAUAAAGCUGAAAGAGUUUUAUCUGAGGUGACAGAACGAGCAGCUCAGGCUGAAAUUGUCAAAAAUCAAGUGCAAAAAGUAAAGGAAAAGGCAGAGGCUUUAGUAGCAUAUAUAGCCGAAGAAAAAGCAUUAGCUGAAGUUAAAUUGGAAGCUGCAAAACCGGCGCUAGAAGAAGCUGAGGCCGCUCUGAACACCAUUAAACCUGCUCAUAUAGCAACUGUUAGAAAACUCGGCAGACCGCCUCAUUUGAUCAUGAGAAUUAUGGACUGCGUAUUGAUCUUAUUUCAAAGAAAGUUACAUAAUGUUGUAACUGAUUCUGAAGCUUGUUGUCCUAAGCCAUCGUGGGCUGAAUCUUUAAAGAUGAUGUCCAGCACUACGUUCCUCUUACAAUUACAAAAUUAUCCUAAAGACACAAUAAAUAAUGAAAUGGUAGAACAUUUACAACCAUAUUUUGAUAUGGAGGAUUAUAAUAUGGAUACUGCCAAACGCGUUUGCGGUGAUGUUGCCGGUUUAUUAUCUUGGACAAAAGCAAUGGCAUUCUUUCACAGUGUAAAUAAGGAAGUUUUGCCACUUAAGGCAAAUUUAACCCUACAAGAAGCUAGAUUGAAGGUAAAAGUUCAUUUGACUGAUUGA